AUGGCGGUGGUGGGUGACCGGUGGAACAAAUCCGAGUCGGAUGACGCUCGCCUCGCGAUCAAUUACUGGCACCAGACUCCACUCCGGAAUCAAAUUGUCAUCUAUUAUCCACACGUUUUCCAUCUUCUGGUCUCGGCGGUGCCCGAUUAUGCCGCCAUUACUGCUGAUUGGCAAACAGAUCUGAGAGUAUGUUUCGUUGACUUUAUUCAGAUGUUUCCACUUUUAAACGCAGUCAUUGUUUCCGCGAAGUGUUUCCAGUCUCGAAUCUCUAUCUCUCCGUCUCUGAGCGUGGUGCGGGGGGACAAUCGAGGUGCUCCAACAGUGGCACGAUUUCAGGGAUACAACGACAGUCACAAGACUGAGAACCAGUCGACUGAGCACUGCGAGGCGACAUGCCGCGACAGCGACUCCCCGACCUCCACCUCCUCCCAGAGGUCGACCCCUCCCGCCAAACCCCAGCCGCAGGCGACCAACGGCGUCUGCCACAACAAGGUGUCCACCGUGAUGCUGGCUGGGAUCCCCAUCGUCUGCCUCUUCAUCGACGGCAAGGAGCGGCUGUGUCUGGCCCAGAUCUCAAACACCCUCCUCAAGUCCUACAGCUACAACGAGAUCCACAACCGCAGGGUGGCGCUCGGCAUCACGUGCGUGCAGUGCACGCCGGUCCAGCUGGAGAUCCUGCGCAGAGCGGGCGCUAUGCCGGUGUCUUCGCGCAGGUGCGGUAUGAUCACGAAGCGCGAGGCCGAUCGGCUGGUGAAGUCGUUCCUCGAGGACAACAGCCCGCCGAAACUUCCCGAGGACUUCUCGUUCGAGGUGUUUCACGAGUGCGGGUGGGGAGGCAAGGGAUUCUUCGAGCCAUCCCGCUACAACAGCUCGCGAGCCAAGUGCAUCAAGUGCUUCUACUGCAACAUCUACUCCUCCCCCAACAAGUUCAUAUUUCACUUUCACCGCACCCCCGAAGCCAAGUACAACCAUCCGGACGCCGCUAAUUUCAACUCCUGGCGGCGACACCUCAGACUCCUGCCCGGUCAGGCGGAACGAGAGGACAUCAGCUUCGCGUGGGAGGACGUCAAGGCCAUGUUUAAUGGCGGCAGCCGGAAGCGGAUGUUGUCCAACGCAUGCGCUCCUUCGUCUCGGAUGCACUCUUCUGGCAACGAUCACAACAUAGUGAAGAAACCGAAAACCACGGGUGACAGUUCGUAUGUGUCGAAGCCCUUCUCGGCUCAGUACCCAUCGUACAGUAUGUUUUCAACUCCCGGAAAGCCGUACCCUUUCGGAACAAUACCUACAGCGCAUCCCUAUGGUUUCGGCUACCCCCAUUCUAAAGACACAAGUGGGGGAGAUAACUCUAAAGCGCUGGUCUCGCCGACUCCCUGGGUGACUCAAAACAAUCUGUCUUUCCCGUCAUAUGACCUGUUCUGGGCCAACACGCUGGCUCUCUCUCGAUCCGGCGGGAUGAGGAGUGGAUUCUAUUCGGGUAUGAACACGAAACCGCAGAACUUUUCAGAUCCUCUGCAGUCGAAGGCUUCUGUGGACCCGAGGUCGCACUCCGCCGGAAGCGGAAGCAAGAACAAAUCUCUGGAGCGCGUGUCGGCGUUUCGCCCGGUAGGUGUCAGUGCGCAUGUCGUGGCAGACGACGAAGGACAGGAAGAGCAGUUCGACUCGGACACCAACGAAGGCACGAACCCGGAUGACGAGAAUGAGGAAAUUGACGUCAUGGACGAGAUGGAGGAUGAGGGGGAGGAGGAAAGGGAGGGGGAGGAGAAACAAGGUCUGCCUGACGUAGAGAAAGAGACUCCAGUAGAUUUGCGCGCGGGGGAAGCCUGUGAUGACGUCACAGAGAAAGAGAGUGGAAAUGACGCGGAAGAUACAAAAGAAAACCAGUCGACGAAAGAUGACGCGGAAACUAGUGAAAAGAAAAACGAUCGCAGGGAGUCGUGCGAAGACAACAAUGAAGAUGGUAAUACUAUAACAGCUAAUACGUCCAGUGAAUUAUCAAUGGCGGAUUCCGGUUUAUCAGAUCAGUCUGACACGGAGACAGACGGCGGUGAUAUUGUUUCGUGGAAUCGAGAUCAACUGUUGCACCACUUGAAGAAGGAGACAGAGACUCGAAAGAAACUGGAGCGAGAGGUCAUCAGUAUGAAAGAACUGUACAAAGAGCAGUCGAGUCGCGAGAAAACGUACAAAGACGAGAUGACCCAUCAGUUGCAGGUGGUUAAAGAUACGUUAACAGCCGAAUUGGAGAAGGAACGGAAAGUGAGAUUCAAUCUGCAACACAAGCUGAAAGAAGCCCACGACGCCCUUCACAGUUUCUCGUGCAACAUGCUGGCGUCGAGACACUGCAACGAGUGCGCCUACAAAGAAACACCCAUGCCACGAUGAUGGCGUUCAGUUGGAAGACACAGUUCAAGAACUAAAGGAAACGUUUUAGAAAGUUGUGUGGAAAAAAAACCCACAACAUUCGAGCGGAUCAUUAACCGUCUUGUUUUUGUUUUAUAAACCAAAGAAAUAAACUCUUGCUAAAAGUGUGGAGUCGAAAUCCAAACGAGUCAAGCACGUUGUAGGAAGUGCUUAGAUGACGUUAUAUACGGUGUGAAUGACGUUAAAAUAGGACCUCGUUUUACGAAGCGAUCUUAGUGCUACGAUCGCCUUAAGUGCGUGUCAGUGGCACAUGUACAUUUACGUGUUAGUCGUAUCCUAUUCUUGUUGAACAAUAAUCUCCGAUUCAAAAUAAAAGCUCAGUUCAGGUUAACCAACAAAUUCAUAAAUGUUUGUUAUGUGUUUAAAAGAUUAAAGAAUAGAAAUAUGAAACAAAUGUAGCGUUCGAAAUAAAAUCAUUAGCAUUUGUUUUGAAUACGAAAUUCGAUUGAUUCUCGGGUCUAGACAAAAGAUAACUUCCUGGAACUUGCUGCUCAUGUGACGGCAGAUUUAAUGUCGACAUGUAUUAAUAUACAUACAAUUCCAGCAGGAAUAUUAAGGGUGUUUUGGACUCAGGAUCGUGAUAACGAUAUGUGAAUGAUAGUUGAGGGGCACAUACUUUUUAGUAGAAUACAUAAGCACUUUUUAAUAAAUGUAUAUAGACAUGUAUAUAGUAGGACCAAAAGGAAAAUGUUU